UGUAAUCCUAUCAAGGAAAGCAGAGCUGGAUCAAUUCAUGUCUGGCUUGGGUCCAUUAUUGAAUUUGAUCAGAAAUCAUCCAAACUUAACUGAACCGCUUCUAGUAUUUGGAAACGAUAAACCUCCAACUGAAAAGGAGUUUUUGGCUCUGGUGGAGUUUGAGGAUGUUGAUGAUAAACACAAAGAGUUUUUCACACGCUAUGUCACUGAAGAAUCUGAGAGAUUGUCAGAAUUGUUGAUGUUCGCUACGGGAUCUACGGUAAUUCCACCCAUGGGCUUUUCUAAACCAUCUACGAUCACCGUGCUGCAGAAUGGCUCGUCGCUUCCAAACGCCAACACGUGUCCAAUGGAACUGGAAGUUCCAGGGCUUGUUGCUACGUAUGAGGAGUUCCGGAGAAAUAUGAAUUGUGCCCUUGAUAACCAAAAAGAAGGAUUUGGUAUAAUUUAA